AUGAAGGUCAGAUGGAUAGACGAACAUGGAGAGGAGCAGACGUGGAACUCCUGGGAAGAUGCCCUUUGUGGACGCUUCGGGGCCACAAAGAUCCUCCCCGCUGGCAGCACAGAGAUUCAGGUUCGCUUCCGUUCUCAGCCUGGUGGUCGAAAGGUGCAUGGUGUUGACCGACGGAAUCGCUCCGCUUGGACACGCCAGGGAGAAGAGGUCAUUGAACUGCGUCCCAGUGGCUUGGACGAGGUCAGCGGCAGAGGCGUGGAUGCCUGGUUCGAGAUACGGGGUCCGAUAACGCACCAUGUCUGGCGCGCAUGGAAUUCCUGCAACGAAGGCAUGCCUGAAAGUUGGGAAUGGUGGCCGGAUUUUCCCGAAGAGCGCCGUGCUGCCCCUCCGGCCACACUGCAGGCAGCAGAUGCUGCUGCUCCUUGGCCGGGCUUAGCAGAGAUGUCGCCAACAUCUGCUUCAUCCGAUGAAGCAACCUGUGCCAGCGCUGUCACAGGUGCCAUGUCGAGGCUUGUCGCGGCAGCUGCUGUGCUGCUGGCUGUGCGCCGACGAACGUUGAGGACACUUGAAGAGCUCAACGGGCAAAUAACAAAGCAGAGCCUGGUGGUACAGAGCUGCAUGGCUGCAAUCUGUCGCAAGAUUAUCGUACGAGUAGGUCGCCUCUUUCGGAUCUCUCUUCGUGGCGCCUCCAUUGACGAUUGUUGCUUGGAUGUCGCACAGGCUCCACCAUCUUCAUCCCAUGAGCAGCUGUGGGCUGUGAACCUGCGAAGCUCAGCUGAGGCUUUGGGUGCUGGCAGCGCAGCUGCUGGCGUCGGGAUGCCGUGGUUGAAGCUGUGCCUUCGAAGCAGGGAGAAGGGGCGAAGCUUGGCAAAGCUCAUGGAGACUGACGUGAGUGAGCAGCUUGCGUUCGAGUCUGUGGAGUCCGAGCUCCGCUGCGCGCUCAGUUCCGCUGCGGCGCGCCGUCGCUCGUCCCCGCGUCGCCACACUGGCCGCGCGUUGGCAGUUUAUACGCAGACGGCGAACCUCAUGCUCGUACGGUCGGCCAAGUACGUCACGCUGACGCAGGCUGGUACGGAAACCAUGCUGAUCGCUGGCCGUGUGCUUGGCGGCCUGGGCGCUGGCUUGGCCGUGGGCGUGGCUGUGCAUGGCUGGUCUACUACCAAGCCCAUGCAGAAGCUGGUCCAGGAGAAGAUAGCUGAAGUCGAGCGCUCCAUUGAAUACCUCGAUGGGGUGCAUCAGCGCAUUUCUGGCGCUCUUCGCUGUCCUUGCUGUGAGGAGCCUCUGCGGCUGGGCGCCUCGUCUGCGCUGCGGCGCUGCCCGCAGUUUCACUGCUUCCACGCUGCCUGCGUUGGGGAGGACGGCAGCUGCCCACUCUGCGCCACCUCGGUGAGCGAUUUGCGGUCUUCUGAGCAGCUUCCGGCACUGCUGGGCCUGGUGGGACUGCGUGAUCUGUGUGCGUUGACAGUGGACUCCAUCACGGUUCGAAAAGGUGCCGAACUUGUGCAGCGUCUCGGGGGCCGCAUGGACGAAGUUCGACGGCUCAUCUCCGGGGUGCAGAAGGAGACUGAUGAGGGGAGCUGCCAGCAGGGCGAAGAGACGCCCAGCAGCCGACGCCGUCAGGAACAGGCUCUGCAUGAGGAUGCGGAUACGCACGAGGCCUGGCAAGAAGCGCUGGCUCAGCGGAGCCCUGCCGACCUGCAAGCUGAGGAGCUGGAAGCUCUGCUUCUAGGGCGCCGUGGGAUGCCUCUGAAGUACCGCCACCUCCUUUGGCCAGAGCUGCUGUCAGGACCUAAGACAAGCUCGGGUUCAGUCGAGGCACUAGCUGUGGCUGAGCUUCCCCAAAAGGUGUUGGAGCAGAUCGAUGCGGACGUUCCGCGCACCAGGCGCGAUUUGGUUUCCCCGGAGCGUCGAGAUGCGCUGCGUCGUGUUCUCCGGGCUGUGGCGGCGAAGCGGCCCAGUGUGGGUUACGCGCAGGGCAUGAAUCAGCUUGCUGCAGUGUUGCUCAAGCUUGGAUUCGAUGAAGACAAAUCAUGUUGGAUGAUGGAUGCCAUCAUGGAG